AUGACUUCUCGUCCCCCAUCGCGAGAUCAUUUCACCGAAGAGGAGACACCAACAGCAACACCCUCAGAGUUCGGAUCUGAUACUCACCCAGACCUACAGAAAGCACCGCAAACCGACGAUGAUCCCGAGGCCCUCACCAGGCUCGAAACCUCCCAUUCGAGCAUCUCUCCCCCGAAAUCACUCGGAAAGGAGACAGCCUUCGUGGCGACGGUCUGUAUGGCGCAGUUCAUGACACAGGCUGGUCUAGCUGUUGCUAUCGCCCCUGGCCAUAUCAUUGGGGCGAGCUUUGGGACGCAGGACCCGGGUGAACUGAGCUGGUUCCCGGCUGCCUAUAGCUUGACUGUCGGGACAUUCAUUUUAAUGUCUGGGCGGUUAGGGGACGUCUACGGCCACCGGUUUAUGUUCAUACUUGGUUUCCUAUGGUUCGGAAUAUGGUCGCUGCUUGCUGGGUUCAGUGUCUGGUCCAACAGGAUCUUCUACGAUUGUUGUCGUGCGUUGCAAGGGAUCGGGCCAGCUAUGCUCUUCCCCAACGCAGUGGCCAUACUGGGACAGACGUAUAAGCCUGGCCGUCGAAAGGAAAUGGUCUUUAGUUUAUUUGGCGCGGCGGCGCCGGGCGGAUUUGUUGUGGGGGGUGUCUUCUCAUCUCUGUUUGCGCAGAGGGUCUGGUGGCCAUGGGGCUACUGGGUUAUGGGGAUGGGUUGUUUCGUCCUCGCUGGACUGGGCUUGCUGGUGAUACCUCAUAUUCCACGACAAAAGUUCAACGACCGGCUCAGCCCAAUCGUACGGCUGGACGUUCUUGGUGCAGCAACCGGGAUCUGCGGGCUGAUUCUUAUCAACCUUGCCUGGAACCAGGCUCCGCUCGUGGGAUGGAGUACACCAUACACCUACGUUCUUCUCAUUAUCGGGUUCGCUUUUCUCACUGCUUUUGCUUUCAUCGAGCGGUCCGCCGAAUGUCCAUUGCUUCCGCGCUCGGCGUUUACAGGGGAUCUUGGCUGGGUGCUCGGUUGCAUUGCAGCGGGGUGGUCCAGCUUCGGCAUCAUGAUCUACUACUUUUUCCAGUUUAUGAUCGUCGUCAAAGGUGACAGUGGUCUUCUGGCGACCGCCAAGUUUUCCGGCGCAGCGAUCUCGGGAGCAAUGGCAUCUAUGGUGACGGGAUUUCUGCUUGGUCGACUGCCCCCGAGUGUCAUCAUGUUCUGUGCUAUGGGAGCUUUUGCAACGGGCCUCUGUCUGUUUGCAACCGUUCCAGUGAGCCAGACGUAUUGGGCGCAGGCAUUUGUUAUGAGUUUGAUUACGCCAUGGGGGAUGUAA